CCUGCCGUGCUAAAGUUCCACGUUAAUGGUGUUGAUUGGCGAUGGGCGCGGAUUGUUUACUACGUCAUGGCGACUAUAUGCGCGUUCCAACGCGAACAGAGGCGCUUCUAUAAACUUAAAACACGCUCGCCCCUUCCCGCAUCCUCCUUCAUACCCCAAUCCAUCGCUUUUCGAUCAAAUUGAUCGUGCAUCCUCCCUUCCGUCAAGUCACACCGCGCUCCGCCAAACCAACUCCAUCGAACUGCAGCCAUGUCCUCAGGCUUCACUGCUACGGGGCUCAACUACCCCCUCCUAGCCAUCCCGGCCUACUACGUCUUCAGCGUCGUGCCCCACGCCUACGCCAUGAGCAUCCUCAAGUCCGCCGGCUACAAAGUCAACAACUCGAACCCUAAGGCUUCGCUGUCGCCCGCGAAUGUCCAGGGCAAGGUGCCCGACGCCGUCUUCUCCGCCUACCAGCGCGCCGAGAACGCGCAGAACAACAACCUCGAGCAGCUCCCGCUCUUCGCGGCCGCGGUGCUUGCGUCCAUCCUCGCCGAGCGUCUGUCGCCCAGCAUCAAGAUUGGCGGCACGGGUAGCCUCGAUCCCACCGGCCUCGCGACGUUUAUUGGUGCGUGGUUUGCGGUCAGGGCGGCAUACAACGUGGCCUACAUUCAGAUCGCGGACCACUCCAAGAGCUUCAUUAGGAGCGUCUUGUGGAUGACGGGUAGUGGCCUUGCGAUUUACCAGUUUUACAAGGCGGCCCAGGUUUUAGGUUAGGUGUGUGCGUGCGAGGAGUCAUAGGCAUGAGUGUAUACUAUAUGGAAAAGAGGACAUUGUCAGCGGUCCAAGUCUCGUUGAGACGGCGUUGUCCCUGCUGGGGAAUCGGUUCCAGAGGACGGAGGAACUAUAUCUAUCCUACAUGUGUUGCUAUGAAUUCGAUACGAUACCACCAGGACAACAUGGUAUUCUGAGCUUCGUCGAUGUCGACAUGAAAGCUCUAGUGUCAUUUCUAGGACUCAGAGCGCACUUACCAUGACACAAAAGACACGACAUGCGAGCUCCGCUUCACCUCUUCCACAC